CGGCCUGCAGCGGUGAGUUUAAAGAGUCCCGGCUGGAGGCAGCGCGCUAACUUAACGAACACAUUACCGGCGAGGUUUGAACCGGAGGAGAUGCCAGAACACAGGAUGCCGCUGCACGAUCUGCCCUGCCUGAGCCUCCAGGGCUCCAUGUUGUCUCAGACCAAGAGGACCCACAAACGCAGGUCUAAAGGCGGCCUCAGUGAGGGCCUGGAGAUGGAAUGCACCCCGACAGAGCUCAUCCAGCAGUGGUCACCACUCCACAAGCACCAGCGGCUCACCAGCAAGGGCAAAGAGAAUGAUGGCAACCAGUUUGUCCUUGCCAGGAGAUCGAGGAGGAAGAGAGAAUCCACAUCAUCAGACAUUGCAUGGGACCACUUGCCUGACGAGCUGCUCCUAAGGAUCCUCUUCUACAUUCCUCUGCAGGACCUCCUUCGGAUGUCGACAGUUUGCCAGCGCUGGCGUCGCUUAGCGUUGGAUGAGUCUCUGUGGCACAGCGUGGAUCUGGAGGGGUUGACCCACAUGGGUCCAGCUCUGCAGCAGGUGCUGAAGACCAGAGUCCGCAUGCUGCGCUGCCCUCGCUCUUUUGUGGAAGAGCUGCACUUCACAGGCCCUCUGCAGAUAGUUGUGAUGGAUCUGUCCAGCUCCAUCAUCCCCACCUCGUCUCUGGAGAGCUUCAUCUGUCACUGCAGGCAGCUGGAGUAUCUGAGCCUGGAGGGUCUGCAGCUCUCAGACGCCAUCAUCGGCUCUCUGUCUAAGAAUCCAAACCUGCUGCAGCUCAACCUGAGCGGCUGCUCGGGCUUCUCUGCUCCGCCUCUGGCUGACAUGCUGGAGUCCUGCACCAGUAUGGAGCAGUUGAACAUCGCAUGGUGUGACUUCAGCAAUGAGCAUGUGAAGAGUGUUGUUGAGAGUGUGAGCUCUAUUGUUACUCACCUCAACCUCAGCGGAUACAGAGAGAACCUCACGCUAGACGAUGUGAAGGUGCUGGUGACGAGAUGCCCCCUUAUUCAAACACUAGACUUAAGUGACAGCACUCUGCUGAUGGCAGACAGCUUCCCUGUCCUGAAACAGCUGAAGGGUCUGCUGCAUCUCUCCCUGAGUCGCUGCUAUCACAUCCACCUCGCUGCUCUCACAGACUUGGAUAAGACGUUCCCCAUGCUGAGCCUGCUAGACGUGUUCGGCAUCGUAAACGGCAGCCACCUGGCCUCUCUGAAGAAGGAGAUGCCUCGCGUCGGCAUCAACUCCAGGCCGUUCUCCAGCAUCGCCCGGCCCACGCCCGCCUCCGGGCCCAUCGGCUACUUCAUGUGGAACAGGAAGUGCCGACUGAGGUUCAAACUGUAACCACAACACCUGCGUCUGUUUUAAGCCGAGUUAGUUCCUGCUGCAGAGUGUUUGAUCCUGCAGUGUUCCAACGCGCAUGGGGAGUCCAGCCCAGCGUGCGCUAAUGGAGCCGUGUUUGACGGUUUGUUGCUGCUACGGGAGAUGUUUUUAGUGUUGGCUGGCAUUAAGGGUACUGAAGCUCACAUACUGGGCCCUUCAGUACUGAACAUGCACGCUUGUAGAGAAACGGAAUACUUCAUAUAAGGAGGUCAGAUUUGGAAGUUGAGUCCACUUCUUGUUGGAAUGUGUUUAACAUUUUAAUGGAUUUUUGAAUCUGUUUUAGCUUUUAAUGUGUUAAUUUAAAAUACUUUGUAAGGGAAACAUGGUAUAAAAGACUCAAUUAGCAGAUGUAAGAUGCCAAUGAAUAUUUGGGACAGUUGAUUCCUCAAACAUUUGAAUAAUACUGAUGACAGAAAUGUCUUCUCAGCUGUAAUAAUGAGUGAACAGAUGAUUUUAGAGUAUAAAAUGAUGUACCUGGAGCCAUAUUCCUGUUGGACAGACUGUACAUUUAUGCAGGCUUUUAUGAUAUGUCACUGUACAUGUGCUCUAUAUCACCAUAGAUAUUCUUUAUAAAUAUAUCAUUCAAAUGAAAGAUGCAAUGCAACUUGUGAACUGAGUUUUAAGAAGUAAACCACUGAAUACCCAAA